AUGAAUAAUAUAUCAUUGUGUUUUUAUGGAUUACUCCUGACAAUAUUAAUUUUUACAUCAAAUAAUGUUUUUGGAAGUGAUUUUAAUUUUCCAAGUAGAGAUAUAAUGAAAGCUAUGCUUAGAGAUCCUAAUGCUUAUUUUAGAGGAGAACCUAUACGUUUUGGUAAAAAAUCAAGUUUUAGAGAACCUAUUAGAUUUGGUAAAAGAAAUUCACCUAAUUUAAAAAAAAAUAAAGGAAAUGAAAUAAUGAAUUUUGAUAAUGAAAAUGAUAAUUUUGAUAGAAAAUACUAUAUUCCUGUACCAUUUUAUAAUUUUGAGUGA